AUGCCUUUUGAAUCUCCCCAUCCACCUAUCGAUCUUCCUUCAAAAGAAUCGAUCUGGUCCUUUUUCUUCAAUUCAACGCAUAGCCCAUUAUCUCAAUCUCCUCUACCUUGCCCUCUAGCCGGUUACCUGGACGCCAGCACAGGACAUUCCCUCUCCUAUCUCGAUGUUAAGAAUAAAGCCACAGCCCUCUCCACCGCUCUGGUCAAUCAUCACAAUUUCAAGCCCGGCGACACGGUGAUCUUGUUUUCUCAAAACUCGAUAUGGUAUCCGGUGGCCAUGUUUGCCGUCUUGCGUGUUGGCGGUGUGGUCAGUGGAGCCAGUCCUGCUUAUGGGGUUGAGGAAAUGAUAUAUGCGCUCAAGACUUCUGGGGCCAAGGUUUUGAUGACGCAUCCGGAGAGAUUAGGGGUUGCUGUUGAAGCUGCGAAAGCUGUGGGGAUAGGAAGGGAGAGUGUUUUUUUGUUGGAGGGAGAGGAGAAUGGGUUCAAGGGGAUUGGUGAGUUGAUUCAGAUGGGGGAGAUGGGGGAACAGGUUGAGGAGUGGGAGGGUGUGAGGAGGAUGGGGAAUAAGCAUGUUUGUGCAUUCUUGAGUUUUAGUUCUGGGACUACUGGGUUGCCUAAAGCUGUCAUGAUAUCCCAUCAAAACGUCAUAGCCCAAUGCCUCCAAAUGCUCAAAAUCACGCCUCCAGAUCUCGAUCGCAUCCUCGCGGUCCUCCCACUCUUCCAUAUAACCGGUCUCGUCCACAUCCUCCACCUCCCCAUCCUCUUGAACGCCCAAGUAAUAAUGCUCCCCUCCUUCUCAAUGCCAACCAUGCUCUCCACCGUCACGAAAUACAAAAUCAAAGAACUACUUCUCGUCCCUCCUUUACUCAUCCGCUUGGUCCGCGAUCCAGAAGUCGACAAUCAUGAUCUCUCCUGCAUCGAGCGCUUUUCCUCCGGAGCUGCCCCUCUGAGCGAAGAAAUAUUACAACUGCUGCAGAACAAAUUUCCGAAUACCGGGUUUAAACAGGGCUAUGGUAUGACCGAAUCCUGCAGUUGCAUCACCGGUCAUCCUCCUUCCCAUUACUCCUACAAAUACGCCCACGCGGUCGGAAAAAUCGUUUCCUCCACCUCCAUCAAGAUCAUCCGCGAAAAUGGCACGGAGGCCAAUACAAACGAGCCAGGAGAAAUCUUGGCAAAAGGCCCACAAAUCACCAUGGGAUAUCUGAACAAUGAUACCGCGACAAAGGAAAUAUAUGAUCAAGAAGGAUAUCUGCACACUGGCGAUCAAGGAUUCAUCAACGAAGAAGGUCUUCUCACAAUAACCGACCGUAUAAAAGAAAUGAUCAAAGUGAAUGGUCAUGCGGUGGCGCCAGCGGAAUUGGAAGAUUUACUCCUCGGUCACAGUCUCGUGGAAGAUGUGGCUAUCCUUGGGAUACCCGACACUUAUACCGGGGAAAAGCCAAAAGCUUUUGUAGUGCUGAAAUCAAACAGUGUUGGGAAAGAGGAGGCACUGGGGAGGGAAUUGCUGGAUUAUGUCAGGGAGAGAAAGAUUAGAUAUAAAUGGUUAGCGGAGGUGGAAUUCGUGGAUGUGAUUCCUAAGAGUCCUAGUGGUAAGAUAUUGAGGAGGGUGUUGAAGGAUAGGGCGAAGAAAGGGGAAGUGGGUGUUGUGGUCAAAGAGGCGGUAAAGGAGAAGGCGAAAUUGUGA